AUGAAACUUCUCAACCUCCCACCACCAUUCUUCUUCUCCUCUUUCUCUACUCUCACUUGUUUUCCAACUUCCUCUUUCUCCCUCUCAAUCCCUUCACAUCCUCCGUUUAAUCCACUCCCUUCUUCCUCCACUUCGCUCCGUCGUCUUCGGUGCCGCGCCGCCAUGCCGGAUCCUCCUCCGCCACACAACUCUGAACAACCUCCGGGAAACGAUUCAACGCAACUUCAAAAUGUUGGUGAAUCCUUAUCAAAAUUUCAAGAUAGAGUACAGAUCUUCUUUGCUGUUCUUUUCUGGAUGUCUCUAUUCUUUUGGGCCUCAGCUUGGGAUGGAAGGAAUAGACCAAACAAAGGAUCAAGAUUUAGAAAAUAA